AAGAGCACUGGCGAGGCGGCGGUGGCGGCGGCUGAGGCGGUAGUGGCAGAGGCGAAGGCGACAGCUCCAGGGGGUGGCAGCGGCCCCGAGAGCAGGAUGCGAGUCUGGGUCACGCUGACGCUGCUACUUUCUGCGGCGCUGCUGGGUUUGGCUUCGGCGUCCUCGGAUGAAGAAGACAGCCAGGAUGAAUCCUUAGAGUCCAAGACUUCUUCACUGUCAGAUAAGUCGGUAAAGGACCACACCACAGCAGGCAAAGUAGUCGCUGGUCAGAUAUUUCUUGAGUCAGAAGAAUCAGAAUUGAAAGUCCCUAUUCAGGAAGAGGAGAACAGCCUUGAGGGUCGAGAGGGGGAAAGUGUCACAGAAGAAAUCAGCUUUCUAGACUCUCCAGAUCCAGAAGACAAGGACUAUGAAGAACCAAAGAAACUACAGAAACCAGUUUUGACCGCCAUUGAAGGCACAGCACAUGGGGAGCCUUGUCACUUCCCCUUUCUCUUUCUGGAUAAGGAAUAUGAUGAAUGUACAUCAGACGGAAGAGAAGAUGGCCGACUAUGGUGUGCUACAACCUAUGAUUACAAGGCAGAUGAAAAGUGGGGCUUUUGUGAAACUGAAGAAGAAGCUGCCAAAAGACGGCAAAUGCAGGAAGCAGAAAUGCUGUACCAGACUGGGAUGAAAAUCCUCAAUGGAAGCAAUAAGAAAAGCCAAAAAAGAGAGGCAUAUCGGUAUCUUCAAAAGGCGGCAAGCAUGAACCAUACAAAGGCCCUGGAGAGAGUGUCAUAUGCUCUUUUAUUUGGUGACUACCUGACACAGAAUAUCCAGGCAGCUAAGGUGAUGUUUGAGAAGCUGACUGAAGAAGGCUCUCCCAAGGGACAGACUGCUCUUGGCUUUCUCUAUGCCUCUGGGCUUGGUGUUAAUUCGAGUCAGGCAAAGGCCCUUGUAUAUUAUACUUUUGGAGCUCUUGGUGGCAACCUAAUAGCCCACAUGGUUUUGGGUUACCGUUACUGGGCUGGGAUCGGAGUCCUCCAGAGUUGUGAAUCUGCACUGACUCACUAUCGUCUUGUUGCCAACCAUGUUGCUAGUGAUAUCUCACUGACAGGAGGCUCGGUAGUACAGAGAAUACGGCUGCCUGACGAGGUGGAAAAUCCAGGAAUGAACAGUGGAAUGCUCGAAGAAGAUUUGAUUCAGUAUUACCAGUUCCUAGCCGAAAAAGGGGAUGUGCAAGCCCAGGUCGGCCUGGGACAGCUGCAUCUGCAUGGAGGACGUGGAGUAGAACAAAACCAUCAGAGAGCAUUUGACUACUUCAAUUUAGCGGCAAAUGCUGGCAAUUCACAUGCUAUGGCCUUCUUGGGAAAGAUGUAUUCAGAGGGAAGUGAUAUUGUACCUCAGAGUAAUGAGACAGCUCUUCACUACUUUAAGAAAGCUGCUGACAUGGGCAACCCAGUUGGACAGAGUGGGCUUGGAAUGGCUUACCUCUAUGGAAGAGGAGUUCAAGUUAAUUAUGAUCUGGCACUCAAGUAUUUCCAGAAAGCUGCUGAACAAGGCUGGGUGGAUGGGCAGCUACAGCUUGGCUCUAUGUACUAUAAUGGCAUUGGCGUCAAGAGAGAUUAUAAACAGGCCUUGAAAUAUUUUAAUUUAGCCUCUCAGGGAGGCCAUAUCUUGGCUUUCUAUAACCUGGCCCAGAUGCACGCUAGUGGCACAGGUGUGAUGCGAUCGUGUCACACUGCAGUGGAGUUGUUUAAGAAUGUAUGUGAACGAGGUCGUUGGUCUGAGAGGCUCAUGGCUGCCUAUAACAGCUACAAAGAUGGUGACUACAAUGCCGCAGUGAUCCAGUACCUCCUGCUGGCCGAGCAGGGCUAUGAGGUGGCACAGAGCAAUGCAGCCUUCAUUCUCGAUCAGAGAGAAGCAACCAUUGUAGGUGAGAAUGAAACUUACCCCAGAGCUUUGCUACAUUGGAACAGAGCCGCCUCUCAAGGCUAUACUGUGGCUAGAAUUAAGCUUGGAGACUACCAUUUCUAUGGAUUUGGCACUGAUGUCGAUUAUGAGACUGCAUUUAUUCAUUACCGUCUAGCAUCUGAGCAGCAACACAGUGCACAAGCUAUGUUUAAUCUGGGAUAUAUGCAUGAGAAAGGACUGGGCAUUAAACAGGAUAUUCACCUUGCAAAACGUUUUUAUGACAUGGCAGCCGAAGCCAGCCCAGAUGCCCAAGUACCAGUCUUCCUAGCACUUUGCAAGUUGGGUGUUGUCUAUUUCUUGCAGUACAUAAAGGAAACAAACAUCCGAGAUUUGCUCACCCAACUUGAUAUGGACCAGCUCUUGGGACCUGAGUGGGACCUUUACCUCAUGACCAUCAUUGCGUUGCUGUUGGGAACAGUUAUAGCUUACAGGCAGAGGCAGCACCAAGACAUGCCUGUGCCCAGGCCUCCAGGGCCACGGCCAGCUCCGCCUCAGCAGGAGGGGCCGCCAGAGCAGCAGCCACCACAAUAACAGCCACCGUGUCUGUGCUUGAACAGUGACAGCCGAGGACUUUGUUUGCUGAGAACACUUGCAUUUGAUUUAGGACUUUGGAUCAGUGUCCACCUCCUGGAAGAGGCAUGAGGAAGCAUUUAAUUCUUAAAGCUGCUUAGAAUCUGCUGCCUUUAUUUUCAGGGAUAAGUAACUCUUACCUAAGCUGAGUUGAAUGUUUGUUUCAGUGCCAUAUGAAAUAACAACUUUCAGUGGCUUCCCUUUUUUUUUUUUUUUCCCCUGGAAACAUAUGUGAGACACUCAGAGUAAUGUCUGCUGUAUCCAGCUGUCUUUCUUGGUCCUUUUGUUCAUUCUCUCACUGUGCAUAAGUUCUUACAUUGACCAUCAAUACUAAAAACGGAUCAGUGUAAAGACGAAACCCCAGUUAGUUACAAAUUUAACCUUAACAUGUUUGAAAGUCUGAAAAUAGAACUUGCCUUUUAAGUUAAAA